CACUUAAAUACAAGCAUUGUGAUUUUGGUUCACAAAUCACUGUCGGCGUAAACAUGAGGCCGGUGGUUUUGGGUUUGUUUCUGUGCGCUGCCCUUUCUCUAGUCAAUGCUGCAUGCUUCGUUGAGGAAUAUAAAACAUCAGUUACGUUUUGCCAUGAUGGGACAGAUAAGACAUGGCAUCCUACUGGAUCUGUUUGGAGAAACAGUAAAUGUUUUGACUGUAAUUGUUCUGCUGAUUCCAUGAGGUGCUGUGAUGCAAUGCAGAGGCCUGUUAAUUAUCCGGACAAGUGCCAAGUGGAGUACGAUUACACUACAUGCACAUUUGAAAUAUUUGAGAAAGUUACCUGUUCUGCUACCGGUGGUGUUAUCGGGAAAUGACGGCCAUGAAUUAUGAAAAGGAAGCCAUCUUCAUUGUAUUAUCUGCUGAUUUAAACGACACUAACCUGUGUUUAAUUUGAAAAAAUAAAAAACAUUACACAUGUGUUCAUUUUCAAUUUCAAA